GCGGGGGCGACAGUGCGGAGACUUCGCACGCAGAAUUUCUGCAGUGACGGGAGGUUGCUUGAUUUCUGAUAGCUGAAACGAAGAGCAGUGAUGGAUUCUUCUAGUGCUGCAGAAAUGCAACCGCCUUCGCAAGAUUCUCAAGGCAACCAGCAGAAUAAUGGAGGCAAUGAACCGCACACAGCAGAUUCUAGUUCAGUAUCUGCUGCAAAAAAUGAUAACAGAAAAGUUUCCCGUGAAGAUAUUGAACUGGUUCAAAAUCUGAUAGAGCGGUGCCUACAACUUUAUAUGAAUAAAGGAGAAGUGGUCAGAACUUUGUCUAGUCGUGCUAGAAUUGUGCCAAACUUUACGACCUUAGUAUGGCAGAAGCUUGAAGAGGAGAAUUCUGAAUUUUUCAGGGCUUAUUACAUAAGGCUAAAACUCAAAAAACAGAUCCUUAUGUUCAAUCAUUUACUAGAGCAUCAGUACCAUAUGAUGAAAUAUCCUAUUCCACUUAAGGUUCCUCAGACACCCAUUCAAAAUGGGAUUCAUCCUAUACCUGUUAACAACCUACCUAUGGGAUACACAGUCAUUCAGCAUCCACAAAUGCCAACACCAGCUCAACCUCAUCCUGAUUCUAUAGCUUGUGGACUAUCUAGCUGUCAUGUAGUCAAUGGUGUUCCUGCUGGCUUUCAACGCAUUCAGAUGAAUUCUGGAAAUGAAACUAUUGAACCAGCUCCAGCUGCAGUUCCAUGCAGUUCUGUGCCAGCUGCCGACGAUGUGGCCGUCAGCCCCGCAUCAGCAGCAUCAAGGAAUCACUUCCCUUUUACGCCAUCUGAAAUAUCAGGAAUGGGCAUGGAUGCUACAGCUCUGGAACCAACAACAUUCACAUCGAAUGUAGAAGCAUCGGGAGGAUUGCCAGAUGAUAGGGUUGUGUUGUCCAGAGACUCCCUCAGAUCUUUAGGCCAACUCUGGAACUUCAGCCUUUCCGAUCUGACCGCUGAUUUGACUAAUUUGGAAGAUCUUGGACCUCUGGGAGAUUACACCGGCUCUCCCUUCCUUCCUUCAGACUCGGAUAUCCUGCUGGACUCUCCUGAACAGGAUGAUAUUGUUGGUACAUGUCCGAAUGAGAUAAAACUUGAAGGGUUGACCCCCAAAAACGAUAUAAGUUGCCAUUGGGGAUGCCGAUCUCGAGCAAAUAAGGGCAUUCCAAGAAUUAAUACGAGUGUGACUCGAGUUGAGAUUGACAAUGAGAUAUAAGGUACAUUUGUUUUCGAGUUGAGAUUUACAAGUAGUUACGAGGAAUUUAGUGGAAUUUUCUUUGGAGUAUGGUUACUCGAUUGAGUUUUAGAAUUCUCUUCGAAAGCAAAUGUAUAAGUUAAUUUAAGUGAGAAGAAUUUCUUACCCCACGAUAAACAAACUUGUUGGCU